AUGGCGCUGGCGGAGGCGGGAACCCGCGGGCGGCUGCUGCGCUGGCCCCGCGUCGUCCUCUUCGGGGACUCCAUCACUGAGCACUGCUUCCAGGACCAGGGCUGGGGAGCCACGCUCGCCAACAGGCUCGUCAGAAAAUGUGAUGUUGUAAAUCGUGGCUUCUCAGGGUACAACACGAGAUGGGCUAAACUGAUCCUGCCGAGACUGAUCAGUAAAAGUGCCGGUGCCGAGAGCACUGUGGCCGUUACUAUUUUCUUCGGUGCUAAUGACAGUGCUUUGAAAGAUCUGAAUCCCAAGCAACACGUUCCUUUGGAGGAGUAUGCUGCAAACUUAAAGAGCAUGGUGCAGUACCUGAAAUCAGUAGACAUCACCGAAGACAGGAUUAUUUUGAUAACACCACCUCCUCUUCAGGAGUCGGCUUGGGAGAAGGAGUGUCUUGCCAAAGGUGACAAACUGAAUCGCCGCAAUUCCGUCACUGGGGAAUACGCCAAGGCCUGCGUCCAGGUGGCCAGGGACUGCGGCACCGCGGUUGUGGACCUGUGGACACUGAUGCAAAAAAACCAGGAUUUCUCCUGCUAUUUAUCCGAUGGGCUGCAUUUAUCACCAGAAGGAAAUAACUUCCUAACAGCCCAGCUCUGGGGAUGCCUGGAAAAGCAGGUGUCUGCCCUGCCCUUCCUGCUGCCCUAUUGGCGCGACGUGGACGCCGCCAGCCCCGAGGGCAGCCUGCUGGGAGAGCCCUAGCCAGGUGCAGCGGGCAGGGCCGAACCGGGCCUGAGCAGAGCCGGGCCUGAGCAGAGCCAGGCCUGAGCAGAGCCCUGCACCCCUUCCUGCUUCCAAGACCAGGCAUUUCAGAGAGCUUCCCUGCAGUGACUUCUCUUGUCACGGUUUCACGUGGCUGCCGCUGAACUCCACCUUCCUUAGAAGACGUGGCGGGGAGAGAGAGUCUCUGAUGGACAUGGAAGUAGUAGUAAUAUCAAGUCCAAUUCAUGUCAACCACUUAAUGUCAAGCCAAUUUCUUUGAUUUUAUUGCUGACCACCGCUCAAAGCAAUUACUGGAACUGUGGUGAGGAUUUGCAUAGUGCUAUGCUGUAAUUUUGAGCA